AUAUAAAGUAGCUGAUGUGUGUUUGUUGUGCAAUCAGUACGCUGUCAAUAUAUCAUAUAUAGCAUGUUGAUAAAGGAAGGAUUUAACUUCACUGGGUACACAUUGAAUGAACCUUCCUCCUUGGUUAAAGUCUAUUCCACCUGCUUCACAUUCAAAUUCUGAAUCGUACGAAAGAUGUCUGAAAGUAAAAAGGUAGAGGUCAUAACUGACGUAAGCAGGUGUCGUGACGUCGUCAGGGAGCUCGAGAAAUGUGACGUCAUCGCAGUUGACGCUGAGGGAGUGCAGUUGGGUAAGGAUGGUCCCCUGACACUGCUGCAGGUUGGAACGCUCGAUCACGUCGUCUACUUGUUUGACAUCCAUACCAACAAAGAUCUCUUCAUCCAAGGGAAGCUACAGGACAUACUGACUUCAACAAAAAUCAAGAAGGUGAUCCAUUCCUGUUCUGGUGACAGUGCUGCACUCUACUACCAAUUUAACAUCCGACUUCGGAACGUGUUUGACACACAGGUAGCACACCUGGUUAUACAGGAGGGCGAGGGAAGAGAACUUGCUUCUAUGCUGAAACUCGAAGAUCUUUGCAAGAAGUAUUCGUCGGUUGCCAAAGUCGCAGAUCAAAAGGAUGCAAUUAAGGAUAUGUGGGUAAAAGAGAUUGGCGAUCUCUGGGCAAGACGUCCAUUAUCUGAUGACAUGGUUGAGUAUGCCGCCGGUGACGUCACAGCCAUUGUACCGGAAGUGUACAACACAAUGAAAAGACACAUAGAAGAACGCGGGUUAGUAGAAACUUUCAACAAGCGCGUGGAAGAAGAAAUUCUUAUCACUGUCGAUGAGACGAUGAAAGUGCAGAGAAGGACAAGGGUUGAGGAAAAAAUAGGUCGUAUUUUGAAAAAAAUCGACUCAAAAUAUCCACCCCAUCUCAAAUUUAAAGAUUUAGAAGAUGAAGAUGUAAAAAUGGCUAUCCAGAGGGUUCACAUGAAAGAUGUUGAGAAGUUUUCUCCCCUUGUAAAUCGACUGAAAAAGGAGUCUAUCCAACAAGAUCUCGAUAGCAUAGAGGAGAGCUUCGCUUCAGAAAACGGUGUGUUUGAUAUAGUGAACGGGCGGUGCGACAGAUCUCUGAAGACGGCAUACAGUUGUAAAGAUCCGGUAAUUCGAGACAGAACGAAAAAAAUACAAGAUCGUGUUGUCCAAAUCACACUCGACCACAUCGCUAAGAAAUAUAGCGUCACAUCACCAGCGACGUAUCUGUCCCGCCAUGAGAAAGACGCCAUGGGUUGGCUUAGACCAUCUCCGUCAGGAGAACAGGACCCGCGCUACAAUAAGGUCGUGCUAGCUUUAUAUUGGAAGCAGAUGGAGACAGAACUUGACUCCACUAUUCAGAAGCUUGAGCGGGAAACGUACGAAUUUGUCAUGCAUGAGGGCCACUACAAGAAAAUCAAGUUUUACAUGAACCAGCGCACCCCAGUUCCGCGGUCAAUCAAAACGAAAGCAAUUUACUUGAUCAGAAAGCUCGACCAGACGUUUGGAAGAGGUGUAGUGCCCGGGAACCGGUAAUGACGGAAGUUGAAAUCGAGGCACACGUUUAUUCGCAGCAUUGAUUGUUAAAUCGGAACUUACGCAUAAAUGUUAAUUAUUCAGAAAGAGACUAUGAUAGUGGCUCACAUUAAAAUGAGUCCGUGCCUUAUUUAUAAUAGUAUUAUUAAAGUAAGACCAACCAGCAUCGUUAACUUACAAAACAAUAUAUAAUCCACUAUUUAUACACCACAGUCCAGCUAUCUAAACUGGACAUAAUUUCAACAUGCUUUCUGUUAUGUUUUUCAAUAUAAUAUGAAUCUAAAUUGUAGCCAAAAAAGAUAAUCUUAAACACUUACGUACAUGUGUAAUACUUGAGUAAUACUUAGUAUAGGAAUUAAAUGUAUAGCAAGACUAGUCCAUUUCAAUAGUAAUUUGCCAAAUAUAAAAAGCAGCCAUAUCCUUUCAAAGAAAUGACACAAUGCGGAUUAAACGCACUCCCAGAUAGAAGAUAUUGGCUCAAACUAAAACGGAACCUUACAGAAAUAUUACUUCGAUUCGAAUGUGUUGUUUCUACCCAACACUAUACAUACAUGUACCUGACGAAUGUAGCUUUUCUACAAAACUACAAUCUAAAAUAGUAUGCAAUAUCUAUUCCGAAAAGAUGGCGGCGUGUUUGCUUUCGUUACGGCAAGUAGGUCAGAAAUCAAAUCAAAUAAAUACAAAUUACUAAGUAAGAUGUCAUUUCAGUCGAAUGGAACUCAAUGAUGUUCGCGGAAUAGAUCAGUACAGGAAUUUAACAUGAGUGAUCUCUACCCAGAUGUUCCUGAUUUCAAGAAACAAAUCUUCUCUUCUAGCGAUCAUUUCAACACGUUAUUGUAGCUUUCUCUUGACUAGUUACCACAUAUUUUUGUUUAUAUAUUAAAUUCCGGGGUCUGGGAUGGCCAGCUCAUUGUCUUAAUACCGUUUCUAUGAAUACAUUCACUGUUAGAACGUGCACGGUCUAAAUUUCCUCCUGAAAUAUAUUAAGUCCAGAAAGAAAAUGACGAACAAAAUCUGGCCAGAUUGUCAUAAACAAUAUCCUGGCACCAACUCCGUGCCGUGCUAUGCAUCUCUAGAACAUUACUUUGUAACAUAAUUUACAACGACGUGGCGCCACUAAAUCAGCCAUCCAUCCUUCGCCAUUUUUGCGCCAAACAUACCCACAGAUAUUGUGUCUUAUCAUUAUUUUUUUACUCUUCCGAGAGUAUCAAUUUUUCCAGAAAUUAUUUCCGAGGGUAUCAAUUUUUCCAGAAAUUAUUUAUAGUCGGUCUUCUUUGCUCAGGGAACCAUGACAAACGUUUUUUGCGAUUUAUCUCCCUUACUACUAGUUUCUUUUUUGCCACUCGUCUGGUGUAGCCAUGUUUGUGUAGAUGGAACUGUAAGGUACGUUUAGCUAUCGUCUUAAUCUGUUUUCAUUAAAUUUGUUUGUAAUUUUACCCAAACUAUCCAUUCUGUUACAUUGAACCAGUCGCUCUAACCUUCUGUAGUCCCGAGCUAUCACCGCUCACUUCCGACCACUUCGUAUAAUGUUUUCUCAAUAACCUCGCUGUUCAAUUCGUUUUUUCAGACUCUCGAUUGUUGAUUUUGGUAUACCAAGUAGUUCUGACACAUAUCGUAUAGUAUGUCCUAGUCUAGUCAUCCUCUUCUAGUAAUUUCUGAGCUUUUUCUUUUACCUCGGAGCUCAACACGCUACGUUUUCGACCCGUCCAAAUUUUAGUUUUCAAAAUUUGUAAAUAAAGCAGACAACAACAAAAUCACGAGACAUUUCAACUGUCAUGUGACAUACGCAGCCAAUAUUAACUUCUUAAAACACCGACAUCUUUAUAUAGCACAUCAUUUAUACACAAACAUGUGUCGUAAUGAAAACAUGCCGCCAUUUAGUCCGAAUAUUUAUUGCAUCAUGCUGUUCAUGAUAUGAUAUGUAACGGCAGUGUGUAUCUGUGAUUGUAUACAAAAAAAGGCUUUGAUAAAGUUAGUACCUAAUGAAAUUAUUAGUGUUAAUUGUUUGUUUUGUUAUGAAUAAAUUAUCAAAUUUGAA